UAAUAAUUCUCCUUAUUCCACUUGAACACACAAAACACAACUAGCGUAAGGCAAAAGACAGGUAUGCUCUCUACAAUGGCGAUAAAAAGCACCUCCUUGGCCAUUUGCCUCUUCUUUUCUCUGGCCACCAUAGCCACUGCUUACUACUCUCCCUCAUCUCCUCCGGUUCACCAAUCACCAGAAUACAAACCCACGCUUUCCCCUCCGGUUUACAUCCCCAAGCCUACACUCCCACCUCCAGUUUACACUCCACCAGUUUACAAGCCAACCCUUCCACCUCCAGUCUACACUCCGCCGGUUUACAAGCCAACUCUCCCUCCUCCGGUCUACAAAAAGUCUCCUAGCUAUCCUCAUCCUUCAUAUGUCCCAAAACCAACAUACACUCCACCCACCAAGCCAUAUGUCCCAAAACCAACCUACUCUCCACCCACCAAGCCAUAUGUCCCAAAGCCAACCUACACUCCACCCACCAAGCCAUAUGUUCCAAAACCAACAUACACACCUCCCACCAAGCCAUAUGUCCCAAAACCAACCUACUCUCCACCCACCAAGCCAUAUGUCCCAAAGCCAACCUACACUCCACCCACCAAGCCAUAUGUCCCAAAGCCAACCUACACUCCUCCCACCAAGUCAUAUGUUCCAAAACCAACAUACACUCCUCCCACCAAGCCAUAUGUCUCAAAGCCAACUUACACUCCUCCCACCAAGCCAUAUGUUCCAGAGAUUCUUAAAGUUGUUGAUGGCAUCAUUCUUUGCAAAAACGGUUAUGAAACCUACCCAAUUCAAGGAGCAAAGGCAAUGAUUGUGUGCUCCGAGCCAGGAUCAUACGGGAAGAAGGAUGUUGUGAUCUACAGCGAUCCAACUGACUCUAAGGGGUACUUCCACGUGGCCUUGACCGACAUCAUCAAGAACCUACUUCAUUGUCGUGUCAAGCUCUACACAUCUCCGGUUGAGACUUGCAAGAACCCGACCAAUGUUAACAAGGGUCUCACUGGAGUUCCAUUGUCGAUGUACGGACACCGUUACCACUCUGACAAGAACUUGAAGAUCUUUAGCGUCGGACCUUUCUACUUCACCGGUCCCAAAGCAGCCCCCACCACUCCCAAAUACUGAUGAUCACAUUAAUAUGGUGAUGAUCUUGCAUGCAUUAUAUAUGAGGUCACUUUGAUCAAUUUAUUGUUUGGAAACUUUUCCCUUCUUCGAAAUGUUCUUUUGUUUCUUUGUACUAAUUUCAUUUGGUUCGUUGCAUUACCGAUGCAAUCUUUUUUCUUGGUUAUGAUUUUUUUGCAAUUGUAUUUGAUAAAAUUAUCUGAGGAACGUCUUUGUUUGAUCUU